AUGCCAUCCAGCGAUACAGCCAGCAGUUCCCCCGGAUGGACAACCGUCGAUCCCGAUGAAUUCCCAAGGGGUUCGGAGGGCCAAUGGCCUCACGACGCUCCUCCUCUGAUCGCCAUCGUCGGCAUGGGCGUUCGACUGCCCGGCGGUGUUUCCUCCCCGGAAGAUUUCUGGAAAUUAAUGAUUGACAAAAAAUGCGCAUCUGGUCCGGUCCCUGCUGGGCGCUACAACGUCGAGGCUUUUCACGGAACUCCAGGCGUGAACACACAAUCAGUGAUCGCCCAGAAGGGGUAUUUCCUUGACGGCGACUACUUAGGAAAAGUUGAUACCUCCUUCUUCCAGAACAAUAGGUACGAACAUGGAUUCCAAGACCCUCAGCAGAUGCUGUUGUCGGAAGUUGUUUGGGAGUGCAUGGAGAGCGGCGGACAAGUCGAUUGGCGAGGCAGGGAUAUCGGAUGCUUUGUAGGCACCUUCGGAGAAGACUGGCUGGAUCUCACAGCUAAGGACACCCAAAAUCUCAACCCUCUCCACGUCGUUGGAACCGGUGAUUAUGCGGCAUCCAAUAGGUUAUCAUUCGAAUAUGACCUCAAGGGUCCGAGCAUGACAUGUCGGACUGCUUGCUCAUCCUCUCUUGUGGCUCUUCAUGGGGCUUGUCAAGCAAUUGCUAUGGGCGACUGUCCUUCGGCGAUCGUUGGAGGUUCCAGUCUAAUUUUUACACCAACAAUGACAACCAACAUGUCGCAGGCAGGAGCAUUGUCCCCGGAUGGGAUCUGUAAAACAUUCGACGCCGAGGCCAACGGAUAUGCCCGAGCGGAGGGUGUCUGCGCCUUGUACAUCAAGAAACUCGACGAUGCCAUCCGCGAUAAAGACCCGGUCCGUGGAGUCAUUCGAGCGGUUGCGACAAACUUCGACGGUCGAACAAAUCACAUCACCGUCCCCUCGGCUGUUGGGCAAGAGACUCUGAUACGGAAGGCCUACCGAAAAGCCCAUCUCACAAAUCCUUCAGAAACCGCAUUUGUCGAGUGUCACGGCACAGCUACGCGAGUGGGAGAUGUCGUUGAAACCACUGCUGUAGCCAACGCUUUCGACCGUCAUCCAAUGAUUAUUGGCGGAGUCAAACCGAAUAUUGGUCACACUGAGGGCGCAGCAGGUCUGGCAGGCCUGAUCAAGGCAGUACUUGCCCUGGAGCACAGACAAAUUCCUCCCAAUGUCAACUUUUCAACACCAAACCCCAACAUUCUAUUUAAGGAGGCAGGUUUGAGUGUACCUGUUGAUGUUCUCCCUUGGCCAGCGGAUCGGAAAGAACGUGUCAGUGUCAACUGUUUCGGGGUCGGCGGUACCAACGCCCACGUCAUUGUCGAUUCAGCCGCAUCGACAAUGACUCCAAGGGCAAUAGCACCCUUGGCAACUAGCACCAACAGCCCGCGACUCUUGCCUCUAUCAGCCGCUGGUUCUCAGUCCCUUGAUCAGCGGGCCAAUAGCAUCAAGGAAUAUCUGUCGCAACAUUCCGAGGCAGUGCCAGAUUUAGCCUAUACCCUCAGCGCCAAACGAGAGCAUCUUCGUCACAGAGCUUUCGCAAUCCUCGGUGGAACAAUUCCUUCUGAGUCGAUUGAAUUCACCAAAGCCGACAACGCAAAACUUGUAUCGAAGAUCGUGACAUUCGCUUUUCCAGGCCAGGGAGCUCAGUGGGCAGGAAUGGGGACCGAGUUAAUGGAAACCUUUACCUCCUUCAGCAAGGAUAUGGAGUACAUGGAUCAGGUACUGCAAAGUCUGUCCAACCCACCCACGUGGAAAAUUCGCGAGGAGCUGGUCAAAACAGGUGCGGACAGUGGCAUAAAUCGACCUGAAAUAGCACAGCCUCUGUGCACCGCAGUACAAAUUGGUUUAGUGAACCUUUUCAGAGCGUGGGGAAUCACUCCCGACAAGGUCAUAGGCCAUUCCAGUGGAGAGUUUGCCGCGGCGUACGCAGCCAACGCUUUAUCCAUGGACACAGCAAUUAUUCUGGCCUAUACUCGCGGCGUGGUUGCUAAGAUGGCCCCGGAGGGAGGAGGCAUGUUGGCAGUUGGACUUGGUCGAAACGGCGUCAGCCAGUAUCUGGACAACGAGGUCGCCUUGGCAUGCGAGAACAGUCCAAACAGUGUAACUCUCGCUGGGAAUCGCGGUGCUCUGGAGCAAGUAGAAACUCGCAUCCGAAGCGAGCAACCUGACACCCUUUUGAAGAUUUUACCGGUGGAGCGAGCAUAUCACUCUACACAUAUGGCUUCAGUGGGUGCCAAAUAUGAAGAGCUGACCCAGCCUCAUUUGAUCAAUGAUAAAGACACCAUGAUUCCAAUGUACUCAACAGUGUCCGGGGCAGUAAUAACCAGCCCUGGCGAGCUUGACGCAGCGUAUUGGCGCCGCAGUUUGGAAUCCCCUGUCCUGUUCUCAACCGCUUUCCGGGACUUGGCCACAUCCACACAGAACAAGCAUCAGGUUGUGAUAGAGAUCGGGUCUAAUUCAGCACUUCGUGGACCGAUCCAACAAAUUCUCCGUGCAAUCGGAACGAGCUUCACGUACUCAGCAACGAUGAGAAGCAACGAGAGCAACCUUUCUCGUAUUUUUUCAGUCGCUGGAACCGCUUAUGUCAAUCAUUUGCCCGUCGACCUCCUCGCCGUCAAUGAAGGCCAUCGCGGUGAAAUACUCACCGACCUUCCUCCCUACCCAUGGCAGCGGGAAGACAUCCCCUGGGCAGAAUCACGCAUCAGUAAACACUGGCGUUUGCGCCAAUUUCCGCGUCAUGAACUUCUUGGGGUGCGAUGCUUGGAAUCGAACGACUUCGAGCCUGCAUGGCGAAAUAUCCUCAAGGGCGAAGAGGUUCCAUGGAUCAGUCAGCAUCGCAUGAUGGGUCUUGUCGUAUUCCCAGCUGUGGGAUACGUGGCGCUGAUCUCGGAAGCUAUACGCCAGAUAACUGGUUCAACUGACUGCACGCUAGAGCAGCUUUUGUUAAUGGAGGCCCUCGUCCGGGAUGAUGAAGAUAUUGAAAUCAUGACAACAUUGCGAAAAGCCACAAUGAACGCAACGAUGGACUCGGACUGGUAUGAGUUCAGUGUUUGCUCCUACAACGGUCAAGGAUGGACGAAGCAUUGCUCCGGAAAGGCUCGGGGAGGCAACGAUCAGCCUCUUCCAUCGAACACAAUUUCGGAGCCAUUCACCCGGCAAGUUACGUCGCACAGAUGGUACCGCAGGUGCGAGAAAAAGGGCCUUGAAUAUGGCCCCCGGUUUGAAGGACUGCAUGACAUCACCGCUAGUCCACUGAAGAAUGCGGCCCGUGGACGCGUGGAAGAUGACCGCGAACUUCACGACAGUUACUACGCAAUACAUCCAACCAUCGUGGAUCAGUGCCUUCAAGUGAUGCUAGUUGCCAGUGACAAGGGUGUCUCGCACUAUCCUGACAAGGCGGGCAUGCCUUUGUACAUCGACCGGAUCUAUCUGGCCCCAGGUAGCAAUUCCAUGCUAAUCGAGGCAACGACCACCGAUCCAACGAAAGAGGGCCUCAGUGGAUACUUCAAGGUGGUUUCUGAGUCAACGGGUAACGCUGUUUUAGAAAUGAAAGGAUUGCGUUUAUUGCCCAUACCAGAAGCCGGUCAGGAAAGCAAAGGAUCGAAGCUUGCAACUCAUGUUGAAUGGAAACCGGACAUUAGGUUUAUUCCGGCAACCCAACAAGUGCCAUCGCCCGUGGUCUUGGAACAGGAGAAGGCACGAUCCUUGGUUAUUGCAGGGUUCCUCUUUAUAUUUCAGAUGGCUGAGGUUUUAGAGCCUCAUACCGAGCUCCCUGCACACCUAGCGAGUUAUAAACGGCUCGUUAUGGACAUGAGCAGAAAGAUUCUCCUGGGUGAGUACGAUCAAGUUCCCGAAAUGAGGGAGUUGAAAGGUAUGAGCAGAGAAGAGCGAAGGGCCCUAUUCAAAUCUUUGCAAGGUCAAUUUCCGGAUCCGAGAGUGGAACGAUUCUAUAAUGACGCCUGGGCGUACGCUAGUGAGCAUCCGAACCAGUUCAUAGAGGGGACUGUAUUUGAAGACACCUCACUCCUGGAGGCCAUCAAGGGCCUUGUCGAGUGGGGCCUUGAACUCUACGACUGGCGCAAUUUCCUCGGCCCUCUAACUCACGCGAAUCCAGGCCUGCGGAUCUUGGAAGUCGGAGCCGGGGCAGGUUCGUCGACAGCGAGAAUCUUGGAUGGGUUAAUCACCGAGAACGGCGAACGACUUUAUAGUCAAUACAUGGUAACUGACGCCAUACCUGGGCUUGUCAGUCAGUUGAAACAGCGUUUUGAAGGCGUACCAAAGCUUGAAUGCACAACGCUGGAUAUCUCAAAGAGUGCAACAGAUCAAGGCUUCACAAAGAACAGUUACGACUUGGUGGUUGUGUGCAAUGUUCUAUAUGAAACACCCAUUCUUAGUCAGUCGCUGGCACACAUCCGCUCUUUACUUGCGCCCGGGGGACGGUUGCUUUUGUACGAGCCCUGCUCUGAAAUUCCACAUGUCGAUGUCAUCAUGGGAUUACUGCCGGGUUGGUGGUUAGGUGCGGGUGACAAUCGGGUUGAUAAGCCGCACGUCUCCGUGGAGCGUUGGGGAAAGGAGUUAUGCCAGGCAGGUUUCUCGGGGCUCGACGGGGUCCAAUAUAAUGCACCGGCGCCACUCCACUGGCAAGCAGUGAUGCUUUCAACAAAUCUCGCGGUUGAUUCCCGACCCUCGUCAAUUAACCUGGUAUGCACAGCAGAGACAAGAUCACACGCGUGGAUACAAAAUCUGGCGGAUCACCUAUGUUCCCACGGAUAUGACGUGCGUUGGUGCAUUUUCGGAGAAGAGUUUCCCCUCGAGAAUGUGAUUGCAUUACUUGAUUUUGAAAAUCCAUUCCUUUAUGACAUAUCCCAGGCGGCUUACAAUUCAAUCCAGAGUUGGAUGUCUUCGGUCAAAAGUCUCCUUUGGGUGACCCAUUCAGUCCAGAUGGAAUCCAAGGACCCUCGGUUCAGUCUCAUUCUUGGCCUCGCUCGCACAUUGCGGUGUGAGUUGAAUGUCGACAUUGGCACUUGUGAGAUCGACUCUUUUGACGAGGCCGCGCUUCCUGCGGUAACGCAGGCGUACAAAGAACUCGGGACGCCAAUUGGGGGACAGACUACUCGCGAUUUCGAGUUCAUUCUCCAUAGGGGUGUGGGCCACACUGGUCGUGCAAACGUCACCAAGGUUGUAGACCACCUCCAGGUCACAGACCAACUAAAUGCCCAUCAGUUGGACAUCCAAACAAUCGGCGACUUGAGCACGCUUGGUUGGAAACCCGUUCCUGCGCAGGAGGUCGGUUCACACGACGUCGAAGUCAAGACCAGUUAUAUGGCGCUAAACUUCAAAGACCUUAUGAUGUCUUUGGGUGUUGUCGAACGGACCAAGACAAUGGACUUUUGCUUUGAAGGAAGUGGCAUUGUUACUCGCGUGGGAUCGGAGGUGACAACCAUCCGAGUCGGCGACCAAGUAGCGUUGUUUGAUCCGCAACCCAUGAAAACCCUGGCAGUCUUCCCGGCUGAUCGAGUCUUCCCCGUCCCCAAGGAGCUCACGCUGGCAGAGGCCGCCGCCAUCCCAAGUGCCUAUUCAACGGCUAUAUGCACACUGGUAGGUAUUGGAAAGUUGCAGAAGGGCCAAUCUGUCUUGAUUCAUUCUGCGUGUGGUGCAGUCGGGCUAGCGGCAGUCCAUAUCUGCCAAAGCAUGGGUGCCGAGGUUUUCGUCUCGGUCGGCAGCGAAGAGAAGAUUGAAUAUUUAAUCGAGUCAUUCGGAAUUCCGCGCUCGCACAUUUUCGAUUCACAUAGUGUUUCGUUUCUGCCGGGCAUCAUGAGGGAGACCAAUGGCAGGGGCGUCGAUUUGGUGCUCAAUUCAUUGGCCGGGGAGCUUCUCCGUGCAUCAUGGAAAUGUGUCGCCCAAUUCGGCAAACUUCUCGAGAUCGGAAAGAGAGACAUAUUGGGUCAUGGCAUGCUUGAUCUUAAUGGAUUUCAGGGAUGUCGGUCAUUCUGCGGCUUCGAUCUAUACAGCGUGGCUUAUGACGAUGUAGAAACCGGACAAUGGGCCCUUAAAAUGGGGUGUCAGCUCUUUGGGGAAACAACACGCCGGCCUGAGCAUACGAUGUUCAAAGUAGAUCAUUUAGAAGCUGCCAUGCGACAGAUGCAAAAGGGACAACACAUUGGAAAGUUCGUCAUUGAGAUGCCUGAUGACGAGAGCCAGCUUCCAUUACUUCCCGCGCAGCCGAGAUUUACUUUGUCUCCGACGUCUUCGUAUUUGCUUGUUGGUGGCUUGAGAGGGAUCGGCCGAGCCAUUGUUCGGUGGAUGGUGGAGCAUGGUGCUCGCGAAUUCGUGUUCCUUUCGCGAUCUGCAGGAUCUCAUGAAGAAGAUCAACUUUUCACUCGAGAAUUGGAGAGCCAGGGAUGCCGCGUGGUUAUGGUGGCUGGAAGUGUCGCGGAUCCAGAGACCGUUGAGCGCGCGAUUCGACAAAAUACACGUCCGAUUGCCGGCGUUAUUCAGAUGUCAGCUAUUCUGAAGGACCAACUAUUCGACAAGAUGUCGUACGAGGACUGGACCACGAGUCUGGCAACCAAGGUCCAAGGAACUUGGAAUCUUCACAAUGCUCUCCAGGACCAAUCACCAGACUUCUUCAUAGUCUUUAGCUCUGCAGUUAGCAUGAUCGGAAACCCAGGACAGGCCAAUUAUGCCGCUGCAAACUCGUUCCUGGACGGGUUUGUACAGUAUCGUCGAGGACUAGGCUUACCGGCCUCGCUGGUCAGCCUGGGCCCCGUUGAUGAAAUGGGUCUCAUGUCACACAAGCCGGAGCUCCUGACUAAAGCGCGGCAAACCUUCCACCACAUGAUGGGAGAAGGGGAUGUGCUAAAGGCGUUCCAGGUAGCUUUACUCUCGGCAAAAGAUGGCUUAUCUUCGACGCGCCCGGCAGUGGUGGUGUCAGGACUUUCGCCGGCCGUUAUUACCAGCAACCCAUGGCUGAAACAGGAUGCGCGAUUUUCGACUCUUCCUACAGGGGCGGACGCGUCGGCCGCCGGGGCAAUCGACGAAGAGCAAUUGCAGCGGAAACUCGCGUCACUCCGAGAAGAUCCAACGCCUCUAAAAGACGGCACAUGCGAGACUUGGAUCACCGAAAAUCUCGGGGAGCAGAUCGCAUCACAUAACGGACUGUCAGAGGAGACGGGGCUAGCCCACUAUGUUGGUCUUGAGGUGGAUUCUCUGAUGAGCCUGCAGAUCAAGCAUUGGCUGCGCCGCAAGGUGGAGGUGGAGGUCUCGCUUGGAGACAUUAUCAAGGCCAGAACCGUGGGGAAUAUCUCGAAAUUAGUGACGGAAUCUCUGCGCGUUAGAUACGGGGUGAAGGAUGAAGAUGGUGCCACGGCUUAG